GGCCCGGCAGGCGGCGGCGGGAGCGCGCAGGCAGCGAGCGGAGCUCGGUGCGGCCGCGGCGUCUGAGGCCGGUGAGCGGGAGAGCGCGGGGCGUGCGGACAAAGAGGGCGCCGCGCGGAGAGCAGCGUCUGACAUGGAUGUUACAUGAGCCACUCUCAGGGUCGCGUGGAGCGUCUCCCUCGGUGAACUAGAGGAAGAUGGAUGAGUCGGCCCUUCUGGACCUUCUGGAGUGUCCCGUGUGUCUGGAGCGGCUCGACGUCUCUGCCAGGGUCCUGCCUUGUCAGCACACGUUCUGCAAACGGUGUCUGCUGGGCAUCGUCGGUUCCCGCAACGAACUCAGAUGCCCCGAGUGCCGGACUCUGGUUGGCGCGGGCGUGGAGCAGCUUCCAAGCAACAUCCUGCUGGUCAGACUGCUGGAUGGCAUCAAGCAGAGGCCCUGGAAACCCGGCCCUGCGGGGGGCAGUGGCACCAACUGCACCAACGCCUCGAGGGCUCAGAGCAGCGCUGUGGCCAAUUGUAGCUCGAAAGAUCCACCUUGCCCCCAGGGUGGACAGCAGCCUCGGGCGCAAGCCUGGAGCCCCCCGGUGAGGGGAAUACCUCAGUUACCAUGUGCCAAAGCAUUAUACAACUACGAAGGCAAAGAGCCCGGGGACCUUAAAUUCAGCAAAGGUGACAUCAUCAUUUUGCGGCGACAAGUGGAUGAAAAUUGGUACCACGGGGAGGUCAACGGGGUCCAUGGCUUUUUCCCCACCAACUUCGUGCAGAUCAUCAAACCGUUACCUCAGCCCCCGCCUCAGUGCAAAGCACUUUAUGACUUUGAAGUUAAAGACAAGGAAGCCGACAAAGAUUGCCUUCCGUUUGCAAAGGAUGACGUUCUGACUGUGAUCCGCAGAGUGGACGAAAACUGGGCUGAAGGCAUGCUGGCAGACAAAAUAGGAAUAUUUCCAAUUUCGUACGUUGAGUUUAACUCGGCGGCCAAGCAGCUGAUCGAGUGGGACCAGCCUCCCGCGGGGGGCGUUGGCGCUGCGGAGGGCGCCCCGGCCGCUGCCCCGAGCAGCGCGGCCCCCAGGCAGCCCGAAGCCAAGAAGAACACGAAGAAGCGGCACUCGUUCACCUCCCUGACCACGGCCGGCAGGGCGUCGCAGGCCACCCAGCAGCGCCACUCCGUGGAGAUCAGCCCCCCGGUCCUUAUCAGCUCCAGCAACCCCACGGCCGCCGCGCGCAUCGGAGAGCUGGCCGGGCUCUCGUGCAGCGCCCCCUCCCAGGUCCACAUAAGUACCACCGGGUUGAUUGUGACCCCGCCCCCGAGCAGCCCGGUGACCACCGGCCCCUCGUGCACGGUCCCGCCAGAGGCCCCCUACCCGGCCGCCCUUUCGGUGUCUGCACGCGUGUGGCCGUGUGCAGGCGGUGAUGCUGUGGGAGUUGGUGGCACUGCUGCCCCGAGAAGGGAUGACCAGCCGCCCCUCCUGCUGUCCCCUCGGUGGCCAAGCACCUGCACUAUGAAUCCUCCUCUCCCCCCGCCCCCGCUCCAGGAGGCCACCCCCAUGGGCGCUGUUGCUGCUCCCGGGAUGGGCUCCAGACCCGUGGCCGGACCCGCUGACCAGACCACACACUCACGGCCGCAGACGCGCCCCAGCGUGUAUGUUGCCAUUUAUCCCUACACCCCCCGGAAAGAGGAUGAGCUGGAGCUGAGGAAGGGGGAGAUGUUUCUCGUGUUUGAGCGCUGCCAGGACGGCUGGUUCAAGGGCACGUCCAUGCACACCAGCAAGAUAGGGGUCUUCCCUGGCAAUUACGUGGCCCCCGUCACGAGGGCAGCGACCAGCGCCUCCCAGGGUAAAGUCCCCGUGUCGACCGCUGGCCAGACAAGUCGAGGUGGGGGACCGGCCAGCACUUCCCCCGCAGGAGCGCCUGCCCAGAAGCCCCCGGGGAACGGCAUGGCCGGCGGUCCCGGGGUCCCCACCGCUGUGGUGUCAGCAGCUCACAUCCAGACGAGUCCCCAGGCCAAGGUCCUGCUGCACAUGUCCGGACAGAUGACCGUCAACCAGGCGCGCAGCGCUGUGAGGACAGUCUCGGCACACAGCCAGGAGCGCCCCACGGCGGCCGUGACGCCCAUCCAGGUUCAGAGCGCCGCGGGGCUGCCCCAUCACCCCCUGGCCUCGCCCCAGCCCCCCGGCCCGAUGGGUCCCCCUGCCCACGUGGCUGCUGGCAGCCUGGGCCGGGUCGGCGCCCCGCUGGCCUGCGCUGCGGCCCCACCGAGCCUCCCCGCCGCCUCCCUGGAGACUGAGCCUGGCGGUCGCCCAGUGACCGUGCUCCCCGGGCCGCCCACCUCUCCCGACAGCAGCUCGGCGGCCAAGCCAGACAAGGACAGCAAGAAAGAGAGAAAGGGGCUGUUGAAGCUGCUCUCCGGGGCCUCCACCAAGCGCAAGCCGCGGGGGUCGCCGCCGGCCUCGCCCACCCUGGACGUCGAGCCGGGGGCUGAGCUGCUGCCCGGGGCCCCUGGCGCCCCCUGCGCCUGCCCCGGGCCCUGUGAUGCCGACACCCCGGCCCCGGCCCCUGCCCCCGGCCCGCAGCGCCGGACCUGCUCCCUGGACUCGGCCCCGGUGGCCCCACCGCCGCGGCAGCCCUGCUCGUCCCUGGGCCCGGCGGCCGGUGACGCGAGGCCUGCGGUCUGUGAAAGAGUGAGGCAGAACUGGAACUCAAGGAGGGCGACAUCGUGUUUGUGCACAGGAAGCGGGAGGACGGCUGGUUCAAGGGCACGCUGCAGCGGAACGGGAAGACGGGUCUCUUCCCCGGGAGCUUCGUGGAAAACAUCUGAGGAGCCGCCGGGGGCUGGACCUGGCCUAUCACCGCAUCCGUCACAAGGCCCACAGGGCCCCGGGGCGCCAGGACCAGGGUGCGUGCCGUGUGCCUGGUCCUGUCCGAUUCACUCCACAGAGGAACCUUUCCUAAAACGAUAUCUAGCUGAGACAGACACCUGUUUACAAGGCUUAACUAAUUUAUUUGCUUUUUUAAACUUGAAUUUUUCUUGUAAUAGAUAAAUUCUUUGGAUUAUGAUUUUAAGAAAUUAUUAAUUUAUGAAAUGAUAGCCAAGGAGAAGCUGGAGGAUCCCCUGUCGGGAGCAAAAGCGUGUCCUUGACGCAGAGGCAGCCCCUGCCCCCCUGGGCUUCACCUCGGCUUCUUUGAGUCAGAGAUGCCCGUUCUCGGGUUUGGUUGUCUCUUUGGGAAACCAGGACUCACAAGUGAGUCCGUGUCGCUGAGGGACCCCGGGGUAGCGAGGCAGGAGCCUCUCUCUCUGGUUGGGGUCGGGAAUCACUCCAAGACCUAGUCCUCAGUUUAACCUUGAAGGUCUCUGAUUCCCUAGAAUAAGGAAGAAUAAAGCACAGCCCUUGGACAGCAUGUGUUCAGAAAUAGAUUUAGUUUCAUAACGGAAGCGGCUCAGCUCGGUGGCUGGAAGUUGAAGAACCGAGGUUGCCACCUGUCUGAGGAUGGCUCUGAAUGUCAUCGCGCUGUCACCCUGGGGACCUGCCUGUGCAGUCAUGCGGGAGGGACCCUGCGAGGCGGCCCAGGCGUCCGUGUGGUGCUUCCCACACCCCCGCCCCCGAGGGUGGUGGACCCCCCGCACAGAGGCCACGGGUGAUGCCCACCCGCCUGGGCUGGACUGGGCAGCCCCUCCUCUGCCCCAAACCGGGCCCUCUCCGGCUGCGACCCGGGCUCCCUGUCCCUCCAGGUGGCUGCAGGCGGGGCCUCAGGACGGCGCCCCCCUUGCAGGGUGGUGGGUGGAGGUGGGCGGAGCAUCCUGCAGCCCCGCUCUGACAGCCCACCUUCACCCUGUCCAGCCCCGCAGCCUGGGUCAGGGCCGCCCUCCAAACAGAACCAGGGAAUUGGGCUUGGCGAUGUCAGAGACCGUGGCCACAGUUUUCUCAUGAAAAAGCAGACGCAAAAGCCUUUUUCAUUUUUUACUUUUAAGCAUUGCAGCUGGGGAAUCAAAACAUGGCCUGCGCAUCUUCUCGCAGUAGCUAGCGGCUUCAUGGUCUUAAAGAGAUCCAUUACGUGGUUGAAACGAAAUCAUUCCUAAAUUAACCAUUUGUUUUUAUAAGACACUGUAUAUUAUGUUCCUGUGUAUUGAAUUUUUUUAAAAAAUACUUUACUGGGAUAUUCAUGUAAUAUAUAAAGUUUUGGUGAAAUGAAAUUUAGCUAGAAACAAAGCUGCCAUCAGCUUUCAUCUGUGUAAGUUGACACCAAUGUGUCAUAAUAUUCUUUAUUUUGGGAAAUUAGUGUAUUUUAUAAAAAUUUUAAAAAGUAAGAAGACUACUACUCCAGGAUAAGAUCAUUUUUUUACCUGUCUUUUCUCCAUAUUUUAAGCUAUGUGAUUGAAGUACCUCUGUUAAUAGUUUCCUGGUAUGAAGUUGGUUAAAAUUUCAUCUGUUAAUAGAUCACUUAGAUAAUAUAAUGUAUGGGUUUUCUGUUGGUUUUUUGGGCACUGUAGAUGGAGAUUUUGUAACAAGGGCUUGUUACACGGCGAUUAAGGUAAUGAUAAAAUUGCAAUUUAUUGUUCCUUUUCAUGUUAAUAAUUUGAAGACUGGAGAAAAGGUUCAAGAUUAAAAUUUGAUGUUCAGCC